AUGGAGAAAUGCCCUAUGGUUGACGAUAAGGGUGGGAAAAAACGUUCAAAAUGCACCGUGCGUUCAAUCUGUCGGGAAAAUAAUGUGUAUUUGUCGCGCACUGGGCUAUAAAGAAAUCGCAAUGUUCUCGGCUAGCCGCCGAUGAUUGGCCAUGGGUUGUUCAGCUGACAUUCAAGUCAUGCCAUUUCCACGAGAAUUAUUAUUUAUGGGAUCCGGUUAAUUUCGUAGGUCCCCCGAAAAAAAGGCGGUCAGCCCCAUCCGCAAAACAUGUCAUUUUCAGCGGUUGCAAAUGCCAACGCCUCAGGCGAUGGGCGGCCGAGAAUUGUCAUUUUGUCUUUUGGGAGUUGAGUUGUAACUAUGGCUUAUGUACGCGCGGUGAUGAUACUGUAUUUUGAUUUUUUUUUGAUGUACCAGAUUUUUGUUGGGAUUUUUAACAGAAAUAUUGGUCGUAUUUAACAUUAAAAAAGAUUUUUUGACAAUUCAACAGUCCAAAGUCCUUAAAAAAUGAUCUCCAAUCCAUUUCGCGCUGUUUUGGGACUUUUUCAUGUUUUCGUGUCGGGCCCCACUGAUGAAAUUUUAUACCCUACGUAGGCCUAUGAGAGCAAAAAAAGGCCGAAAGAAAUAUUUGCUGAAACUCUAAAUGUAAUUUACAAUCAAUUUUGCGCCAUUUUGAGACCUUUCAGGUUUUCGUGUCGGGACCCACUGAUGAAAUUUUACGCUUUACGAAAGCAAAAAAAUACCAAAAAGAAAUGAUUGUUAAAAUUCUAAACAUGAUUUCUAAUCCAUUUCGUGCUGUUUUGGGACUUCUCAGGUUUUCGUGUCGGGACCCACUUAUGAAAUUUUACUCCAUACAAGAGCAAAGCAAAUAGAAAAUUGCAAAGAAAUGAUUGUUAAAGCUCUAAAAACGGUUAUCAACCAUUUCUACGUCAUUUCGAGACCUUUCAGGUUUUCGUGUCGGGACCCACUGAUAAAAUUUUAAUCAUGCUUUGAGCAAGUUAGAACAUCCAGUUUAAAGGUCGACGUAUUUUAAUAACCUCCAAAAAAAUUUUCUAAAAGCAAAACGUUAAACACGAGCAUUUCGUGCUUUCGUGUCGAGACCCAAAAAAGUGUAAACUAACUCAAUUUUAACCACAAAUUUCACACUACGUAUUUUAAACUGUAUCGUAAACAAGUGUAAGGGCAAAUUUCACUCUCUUUCCAAAAGAUUUUUUAGCACAUUACACUGUACACUUGUAAAAAAAGUUAAUUUUUUUGAAUAAUUUUUUUGGCUUCGGAACAAUUUUCUUUUGUCAAGUCUUCCUUGCGUAACUUUUUUGACGUAAAUACUAGUUAAUCAUAGCCGCUCAUUACUUGUCAUUCGUCAGACAUGUCAUAAACAGCAGACCGUUGGCUUCCCGAUGACGUCAUUCUCCGCACAGUGCGGACAAUGAUUUCGAAUUUUUACUUGUUUAGACAUUUGUGUUGACUAUCAAACAUAUUCAACACAUUUUGGGUAUGAUUGUUUAUUUUACAGACCUUUUUUACAUAGUUUUUGGUUUUGCACAGUGCAAUUUUUUCAAACUUGAUUUUGCACUGUGCAGGACAAAAAAGUUGGUUUUUCAACCGCACAGUGCGGGAAAAUAUGAACAGUGAGCAUUGGAUAUAUGAUAUUUUGCUCUCUUUUUUUAAACACACUAUUUGAUUUUUAGUUUUUCCCUUUGCACAGUGCAAUUCUUUCAAAAUUUCUUUUUGCACUGUGCUGGACAAAAAAGUUGGUUUUUCAACCGCACAGUGCGGGAAAAUAUGACUAAUGAGUACUUGAUAUAUAUUGUUUUGAUCUCUUUUUUAAACACACUCUUUGAUUUUUUUAAUUUUUGCCUCUGCACCGUGCGAUUUUCUCAAAAUUUUUUUUGCACCGUGCAGAAAAAUAAAUUGAUCUCUUUUCUGCGCUGGACAGCAUAAUUUAAUAGUAGCAUACUUGUACUGAAAUCCUUUUUCAUUCUUUUGAUAUGCCUUCUAACUUUUUUGCUCUAGUAUUACGCACUGUAAAAUUCUUCAAAACUUUUGGUUGCACUGUGCGGAAAAAAAAAUUAAUUCUAAACGGCUAAUUUCUGUCUACCUUGGUCGCUAAAGAUCUGGUACGUAUAGCACACGUGUUAUUUCUUUAUGGUAAGAAGUAAUCUUCGUCUAUUUUGUCUCGACACCCUUUAAUUUUAUCUAAUCUUUGUUUUGCACAGUGCAGACGGAAUAGGUCCAGGAAGUGCACUGUGCGGUGGAGUUAACUGUAUAUAAAGCGCUAUCUUCUUAAAAACAAGUUGUAUUUUGUCGAUUUAUCUAGUUCUACCACACAUCAUUUCAGUUGGUGUUCCCAUACGGUGCGUUUUCAAAAAAUAAUUUUUGCACGGUGCAGAUAGAAUAAGCUCUUCUAAAACUUUGCUGUGUCCAAAAUAAAUUUAGUGAUUAGUAAAAAUAGAGAGUAUUGUAUUGGCUGGUUUGUUAUCAAGCCAAAAUUUUUCAAAAUUUAGAGUCUGCACUGUGCAAUUCACAAAACAAUUUUUGCACUGUGCAGACGAAAUUGCGUGUCUUAAAACUUCCUUGGGCUACAAAAAAAGGGAGUAAUAGCUGAAAAUAUAUGCCAUUUGAGUUACUGGUUAUUGUCAAGCCAAAUUUUUCCCAAAUUCAGAGUCUGCACAGUGCAUUUCACAAAACAAAUUUUUGCACUGUGCAGUCGAAAUUACCUGUCCUAAAACUGCUUGUGCUUCAAAAAAGGGACAGUAAUAGCUGAAAUAUAUGUUAUUGGAUUUUCUGUUUUAUUGUUUUAAGCUUAAAAGCCCAAUUUUUCCCAAAUUCCGAGUCUGCACUGUGCAUUUCACAAACCAAUUUUUUGCACUGUGCAGUCGAAAUUUCCUCUCCUAAAGCUGCCUUAUAUGACAAAAAUAGACGGUAAUAGCUGAAAAUACAUUCCAUUGGAUUUACUUUUUUAUUGUCAAACCAAAUUUUUCCCAAAUUCAGAGUCUGCACUGUGCAUUUCACAAACCAAUUUUUUGCACUGUGCAGUCUUUCAUUUUCCUUUUCACUGUGCAAAAUUGAAAACGAGACGUCUCAUCACUCGCCGAUCAAACCCCAAACUCAUCAUGAUAUCACCAAAGUCUAAAUGCGUCCUGCAUUACGUGAGAUGACAACAUUGCCGGCGGCAAUGUAGACUUCCUGCUUGAAGGCAAAUUGCCCAACUUUUUGAUCGAACUCAGAAACAGGCCAACGGGAGACACAAUAAUUAAAAAUUUAUUUCAUUCUGUUGUGUGCGGCCCUUCGGCCCCAUUCAAAUUUGCUCAUGCAUAGAGCGCGGGGCCCCCGAAAACGGGGCCGCUCCUCUCUUCGCGGAUUAUUGUGCUAAACGAAGCGCAUUACUAUAUACUAACUAUAUAAGUACGUGCUGAUUUUGGUGCUUUGGCCUCGGCGGCAUACUGUAGGUUUGUUUUGGGGGCUAAAAUACGUGGAUGCCCGGAGGGGUUGAGCUCAAAAAAUAUUCUGAAUUUUUGUAAAAUACGGUUGAUCAUCCCGUAGGAUGUCUUAUUUAUGAUUUUACGGCGUUUUUGAAGGCUUUUUGACAAUUUCCCCUGAUUUUCAGGGUUUUCGUGGCGGGACCCAAAAAAUUUCUGGAUUAUCGCAAAAUUGAUAGCAAAUCAAAACCUAGAGUAGAGAAAAUUACUACUAACUUUUUUUAGCAUUUUUUUCACUACUAACACAUUUUUUCGAGCUAAAAUCAUCAAAAAAUUUCAAAAAAUUUCGUUCUUCAGGUUGGGUAAAAAUUCGGCGAAAAUUCGUUUGGACCAUGAGCCAGGCCUUGGAAGCGGCCCUGCUUUGCGUUGUGUUGAUCUCCGUCCAUUCGCUACCCAUCCUCAUGAACGGUCAGCCCAUGGAGAUGAUGUACAUCGACGGCCCCCAUGACAUGUUCCUGCCCGCGUUGGAUACGGAAGGCCCGGAAUCGGCGUGGUCAUGGGUAAGGGGGGCUUUCUAUCAAAGUUUUUUGUAAAAAAUAAGAGAUUCUGACAAAAAAAUUUUUUUUGAAUUUUUGAAAUUUUUUGAUUUUUUUUCAGCGAUAGAGAUUUUCCAGUAUUUUAAAUACGAUUUUUAUGUCAUUACCAGAUAUUUUGAAAAGUUAUUUAAUUAUAUUUAACCCUUUUACCAGUUUUUUUCUUGUAAAUUUCAUUGCACUGUGCAAACAACAAUUCUCAGACAGCACAGUGCAAAAACCGUGAAAAAUGAAAAUUUGAAAUAAUCGGUAAACAAAAGCCCGUUUUAUAAGUUGAUUAUCAUAAUUUGAAGUAGCAGUUAUUUUCGACUGCGUUUUUAGAGGGACUAUUUUCCGACCGCACAGUGCAAAAAAAAUUUUUGAGAAAUUGCACUGUGCAAAAUGGAAUUUUGAAAAAUUAGUCUAAAGAUCAAAAUUCGCAGUAACUAGGACCCAAAUAAUUUUAUUUACUUUACUUUUUUUAUUAUUUGCACAGUGCUCAAUGACUUUGAAAAAAAUCGCACAGUGCAGUCCAAACAUUUUUUGAAAUUGCACUUUGCGAACUUGAAAUUCGCAAAAAUGAGGUUGUGAAAAUAAAAUCUACAAUGUCUAGGGCACAUCCAAGUAAUUUUGGCCAUGUCUUUUUGAAUUGAACAGUAAUAGAUCAUGCUGAAAAAAUCGCACCGUGCAGACCAAAAAAUUUUUGAAUUUUCACUGUGCAAAGUUGAAUUUCAAAAAAAUUGUGACAUAAAAAUGGAAGUCAUGGUUAUUAUGAUCCAUUCAAAUAUUUUUUAAAUUUUUUUCCGUCUGUGCAGUGAAAAAUUAUGUCGAAAAAAUUGCACCGUGCAGUCCAAAAAAUGUUUUAACUUGCACUGUACAAAGUUGAACAUCAAAAAAUUGUGGUGUAAAAAUGGAAGUUAUUGUUAUUAUGAUCCAUUCAAAUAUUUUUUUAUUUAUUUUUUGUCUGCACAGUGCAAAAUUGCGUUGGAAAAAACUGCACAGUGCAGUCUAAAAAAUUUUAAAUCUGCACUGUGCAAGAUUGAAAUUCGAAAAAAUUGUGGUGUAAAAAUGGAAGGCAUGGUUAUUAUCACCCAUCCGCUCACUAUUUUUUAAUAUUUUUUCGUUUGCACAGUGCAAAAUUAUGUUUGAAAAAAUCGCACAGUGCAGUCAAAAAAAUUUUUAAAAUUGCACUGUGCAAAGUUGAAAAUCGAAAAAAUUGUGAUGUAAAAAUGGAAAUCAUUGUUACUAUGACCCAUCCGCUCACUGUUUUUUAAAUUUUUUCAUCUGCACAGUUCAAAAUUGUGUUUGAAAAAAUCGCACAGUGCAGUCCAAAAAUUUUUAAAUCUGCACUGUGCAAACUUGAAUUUCAAAAAAAUUGUGGCAUAAAAGUGGAAGUCAUGGUUCUUACGACACAUUGAAAUAUUUUUUCAAAAUUUAUUUUGCGCCUGCACAGUGGAAAAUUAUGUUUGAAAAAAUCGCACGGUGCAGUCCAAAAAAUUUAAAUCUGCACUGUGCAACGUCGAAAAUUGAAAAAAAUUGUGAUGUAAAAAUGGAAGACAUGGUUAUUAUCACCCAUCCGCUCACUAUUUUUUAAAUUUUUUUUGUCUGCACAGUGCAAAAUUGCGUUGGAAAAAACUGCACAGUGCAGUCCAAAAAUUUUUAAAUCUGCACUGUGCAAAGUUUGAACAUCAAAAAAUUGUGAUGCAAAAAUGGAAAUCAUUGUUACUAUGACCCAUCCGCUCACUGUUUUUUAAAUUUUUUCGUCUGCACAGUGCAAAAUUGUGUUUGAAAAAACCGCACAGAGCAGUCCAAAAAAUUUUUAGAUCUGCACUGUGCAAGGUUGAAAAUCGAAAAAAUUGUGAUGUAAAAAUGGAAAUCAUUGUUACUACGACCCAUCCGCUCACUAUUUUUUACAAGGAAAGUACUUCUAUGGGGUGUGGAAUUACCGGUCAAGAUAUAUAUCAAAAAAUUCGCAAAAAUUUUCUGAUUCAGAAUAUAUAAAAAUUAGCUGCCUAAUUUUGGUCUAUUAACGAGUUUUAUCAAUAAAUGUAUUUCUCGAGGAAAAAAAAUCUGCGGCAACAAAAGCGCGCUCGGUUUCUUCCCUCGCAAGAGAGCGGUGUGGCCGAGUGGUUAGAGCGCUAGAUUGGGAAUCCGAAGGGGACGGGUUCGAUUCCUUUUGCCACACUAGAACCCAUUUUUUACAUUGGAACUACUUUUAAGGUGUAGUUGUAAUCCAAUUUGAUAUUUUAAGGCUUGUCAAGGCCUCAAAAUUUAUUUUAGCACAAAACAAAAUUUUUUUAUUGGUAAAAACACGGUCAAAAAGACACUUGCAUUGUGUCGCGAGAAAACUUCUGAGGACAAAAACAUGUCAUCAGACCAAAAUUAGGCAGCUAAUUUUUAUAUAUUCUGAAUCAGAAAAUUUUUGCGAAUUUUUUCAUAUAUGUCUCGACCGGUAAUUCCACACCCCAUAGAAGUACUUUCCUUGUUAAUAUUUUUUUCGUCUGCACAGUGCAAAAUUGUAUUUGAAAAAACCGCACAGUGCAGUCCAAAAAAUUUUUAAAACUGCACUGUGCGAUUUUCCAAAAAAGUUUUUAAUGAAAAAUUUCGUUAGGAAAACAAAAUUUAAAUCGAUGCCAUUAGUUUUUACUAACUUUUUUUUCAUUUUUCAGUUCGAUCAAACUCAAUCCUCGCACCCGGUGGCGCAGAAACGGAACAUCGCCAUCGGCCGUGGUGACGGUUUCCGGCCGGGCAAAUAG